AUGGUCACUCCACUACCAGCAUUACCAAAUAGUUUGAAGGGUGGCAUAUCUUCGGAACAGAAGCGAGAGAAGCUAUCUUCAAGAAUGGGUUCAAGAAAGGAGACUCAAAAACAAACUUCCAAGAAACAAAAGCUAGUCACCUCUUUUAAUGAAAUAGUGACACCCAUGAUGAACUGUAAGAACUACAACAGCGAACAAGAAUCUGAAGAAAGAAGUGAAAUUUCAACAGAGUUCAAUGUUGUUCAUCAAAGCAAAAUCAAGAAGCGGAAAACAAGUGACACCAGCCUCUCGUCGACGAAGAGCACUCAAAUUUCAACACAACUCAUGUUGUUUGAUGACACUUGGCCUAUCGCAAACAUGCCAGUGGCUAAAGAACACUUUGAAUUUGAGGGAGUGGGACUUAAAAAGAAAAGAGAGAUGGCCAACCCCAAGAAAAUAGCAAUGAUGAAAUAUUACAGUCGUGAAGAGGAAGAAGAAGAGAGACUGAAGGGAGUUUCUACCAAACUAACUCUCUACACUGAUCCAUGGAAUAUAAAGAAGAGGCUAACACCAAGUGAUCUGGGUUAUCUGUGCAGGCUUUUGCUGCAAACAAGUUUGGUGGACAAGUAUGUUUUGCAAUACCUGAGUAGUGAAGAGAUUAAUAAGGUUCAGAGUAAAGAGGGUUUGAGAGUUAUGAUGUGGGAUCAAGAUACUGAAUCCCAGCACUCUUUGAUUCUGAAGAAGUGGUCAACUUCAAAGAGCUACGUUUUAAUUGAUGGAUGGGGUCAGAAAUUCGUAAACCGAAGGGACUUGAGAGCAGGAGAUGAUAUUGGUUUAUAUUGGGACCCUUAUACUUCAAGAUUUAAUUUUCAUGUCAUUCAACGAGCUGCCUCACAGUAA